UCUGGCUGCUUUGGCCACGCCCCUCCCCGUGUUAAUUCCGAACCCUGGGGCCGAGUGCCCGAGCUGUGCGCCGUGACGUCACGCAGUGUGCGUAGGCCAGUCCUGUCCCCAGCCCAGGCUCCAAGCUCAGGCUCCAGUCCUGGGAGCUGUGAGCAGGUUACUGCAGCUCUGGCUCCCUGUCCUUCCUCCAGCCUCUCACUGCAGCUUACUGUAUGGUGGAUCUCAUCUUCCCCUACCCUCUCCUGGCUGCCAUGGGGGAUCAUUCAAAAAAAAAGUCCGGACUGGCUGUGUGUGUUGGCUGUGGCAGCCACAUCCUGGACCAAUACAUCCUGAGAGUGUCCCCAGACCUGGAGUGGCAUGCAGCCUGCCUGAAGUGUGCUGAGUGCAGCCAGUACCUGGAUGAGAACUGCACGUGUUUUGUGAGAGACGGCAAGACUUACUGCAAGAGAGACUAUAUCAGGUUGUUCAGCACCCGCUGUCCACGAUGUCAGGGUACCCUGCCACGCUCGGAGCUGGUGAUGAGGGUGGGCGAGCGUGUUUAUCACACAGACUGUUUCCGAUGUUCAGUUUGCAGUCGGCGACUUCUCCCGGGAGAAGAAAUAAGCCUCAGGGACCAAGACCUGCUGUGCGCCGCAGAUCACAACCUUCCAGACUCUGGCAGGUCAUCAUCUCUUAGAUCUCACAUUCACAAACAAACUGAGAAAACGACCAGGGUACGGACAGUCCUCAAUGAGAAACAACUUCACACGCUGCGGACAUGCUACGCAGCCAAUCCACGGCCGGACGCCCUGAUGAAGGAGCAGUUGGUUGAAAUGACCGGGCUAAGUCCCAGGGUGAUCCGGGUUUGGUUUCAGAACAAGCGUUGUAAAGACAAGAAGAAAUCUAUACUCAUGAAACAGCUCCAACAGCAGCAGCAGCUCAGUGACAAGACGAGUCUUCAGGGGCUGACAGGGACACCCCUAGUGGCAGGAAGCCCCAUCCGACAUGACAGUGCACUGCAAGGCAAUGCGGUGGAGGUGCAGACAUAUCAGCCACCCUGGAAAGCGCUCAGUGACUUUGCAUUGCAGAGUGACCUGGAUCAGCCUGCGUUUCAGCAACUGGUUUCAUUCUCAGAAUCUGGCUCCUUGGGUAACUCCUCUGGGAGUGAUAUCACCUCUCUAUCUUCUCAGCUUCCUGAUACCCCCAACAGCAUGGUCCCAAGCCCGGUGGAAACGUGAAGCCCACUUCGGACUGAGACAGCAUGGACCUGCAUGUCACCCCCCCCCCGCACCCAGACAGACAGCAUUCCCCAGCACUAUGCCAGCCGGACCCUCCUCCUUCUAAACACAAGGGGCCUUGCUCCACACCAGUCUGGAUCCUGCACUCUGCUACUUUAUACUGGGAUUUUGGAGGGGAAAAAAGAAAAAGAAAGGAAUUUUAUGGUUCAUUUUUUUUGAACGGCUAUUACCCAUAAUUCAUCUCAGAGGAGGUUGCUCGCUGGCCAUACCGUGCUUCUUCAGCAGGAUAUGGGACACGUGCUCCUAAGUGUUGUACUGGCUUCUCACCUGAAAUAAUGGGAUAUAGAAAUAUUUAUAUGAAUAUAUAUCAAAUGCUGAGACAUUUUGCAACCGUGGUAAUUUAUCUUGUGGAUCGAGGACUUUAUUAUCGAACAAAAAAGUAAGUUAUUAAUAUUUAUUGUGCAAAA